CCCAAAUCUAUUCAUCUCUAUGCCAACACACACUGGUCGAGGCCACAGAGAAAUUCGGGACGGGGUUUAACUGUUUAAGUCAAAUUCCUCCAUUGAAGAGGAAGGGUUUAAGCUUGUCAGCUACAGAAAAUGGCGACCGUGAAAGGCUUAGUGAGAAAGGGCUCGUUAAUCGGCGAAAUGGGUUUUAUCAAGGGAGGCGGUAACAUUAACUGGUUCCCGGGUCACAUGGCGGCCGCCACCCGGGCCAUCCGCGACCGCCUCAAGCUCUCCGACCUCGUCAUCGAAGUACGCGACGCCCGCAUACCUCUGUCAUCUGCGAAUGAGGAAUUGCAACCUAUGCUGGCAGGGAAGAGACGUGUGAUUGCUCUAAAUAAGAAAGAUUUGGCCAACCCCAACAUCAUGCAUAAAUGGACUAGCUAUUUCGAUUCAUGCAAGCAAGAUUGUCUUCCAAUUAAUGCACACAGCAGAAGUUCUGUUAGAAAGCUUCUUGAUCUUGUGGAGUACAAAUUGAAGGAAGCUAUAUCUCGGGAGCCCACUCUUCUUGUACUGGUGGUCGGUGUGCCUAAUGUUGGCAAAUCGGCUUUAAUUAAUUCCGUUCAUCAAAUAGCAUCAUCUCGAUUUCCUGUGCAGGAGAAGAAGAAAAGAGCUAGGGUGGGACCUUUACCUGGAGUUACACAAGAUAUUGCUGGAUUUAAGAUUGCUCAUCAACCGAGCAUAUACGUUUUGGAUACACCAGGAGUGUUGGUUCCAAGUAUUCCAGAUAUAGAGACUGGGUUAAAGCUAGCUUCAGCAGGUUCUGUUAAGGAUUCUGUAGUUGGUGAAGAGCGGAUAACUCAGUAUUUACUAGCUGUCUUGAAUACGAGAGGCACUCCUCUACACUGGAGGCACUUGAGUCGAGAAAAUGAAGCUCACCAUCAUAAUCUCGAUGAGAAACCCGAUUAUGACCUUAAAGGUCUUUUGCCGAAGAGGAAAAAGACUCCUAGUGACAAAUCUGAUGUUUACUACAUUGAGGACUUAGUGAGUCACGUUCAAGGAGCGCUUUGCGAGACCCUAACAGAGUUCGAUGGGAGCUUAGAGGAUGAAGGUGACUUGGGGAAUCUUAUAGAACAGCAGUUUGAAGCUUUGCAGAAGGCACUGAAAAUACCUCAUAAAGCCUCUGAGGCUCGUACGAUUGUCUCUAAGAAAUUCCUCACAUUGUUCAGAACAGGCAAACUUGGUCCUUUCAUCCUUGAUGAUGUCCCUCAAGCCAUUUGAAUAGAGUGAGGUUCAUUAUUGUGCUAUGUAAUCCUUGAUGAUCUCCUCGUGCAUUUAACAUUCGUUCAUUUGUUACGAAUUGGAUCGAGUAAAGGUUGAUUGUUAAGAUACCCUAACAUGUUUAUAUAAACUUUUCCUAAAGUGUUUAAAUACUUCCAUUGUUAGACUAAACUUUUAGCAGUGAUUUUCUGAGAAUAACUGCUAUUUUGCAGGUUUGAAUAACAA